AUGGGCGAAAAAAUGAGCAAGAUGAACCACGCUAGAUGGUUUGGGAAAAACCACAGAAGAGUCCUUUGUCUCGGUUUGCAAGGCUCAGGGAAGUCUACUCUUACACAGUUUUUAAGCUCCCAGUAUCCUCGCGCAGCAAAGCCUCUCCCAGAGCUCGGGUGCUACAAAUUCAAAGUGGAUAAAUUCACAAUAGCGUUUUAUGAUUUGAAAGGCGACGCACAAAGCAGAUUUUUCUGGCGACAUCACUUUGAAGGCUCACAGGGCAUUAUUUUUGUAGUGGACAUGUCCAAUGCGGACAAUAUUCAGCUAUCCAAAGCCACUUUACAAGAAUUGCUGAGAGAUGACCUCCUGAGGGGUUUGCCUUUUUUAAUAGUCGCGAAUAAAAAAGAUAUUUCGAAUGAUUUCACAGAAGAACAGCUUACAGACAUGCUGGAACUUGAUAGAAGUAAGAAAGAACAGUGGGAGAUCGUGAAAGCAUGUGCUACGACUGGGGAAGGGCUCAGAGAAGGCUUAUUGUGGCUUCUUGCGAGAAUGGCACCGGUAUAA